CCCCGCUUGCAACCUGCGCUGUGUUUUUGUUUGUCUGUCUGCACACCAGCGAAGAAAUCAGAGUCUGCUGCUGCUGGCGCGGAACGAAAACCCAGGAACUCUUUCUUCUCUCACUUUCCGCCCAUGAGGACUCCGGUAACCGCAGAGGACGCACGGAGCAGGACCGAAAGGGAGCACGGCCGGGGCAGUGGAGUCAGGUGCUGCUGCUGCUGGAUGAGAGUCUGACUAGGCAUUUUCUCCCCGGUGACAGCGACAAUCUCAGCGGCGCAUCUUCCCGGAUAGGCGCUCCUCCUCCCCUCCCCUCCCUUCCCUUCUCCUCUCCUCUCUCCUCUCCUGCAGCUCACUGACCAUGGCUCUGGUGACACUGCAGCGCUCUCCCACCCCCAGUGCAGCAUCGUCGGCUAGCACGACCAACAGCAGUGCGGGGGAGGAUUUCGGAAGCGAUGAUGAGAGGAAAAAUAAUCAGAGCCUCAGCGAGAGCUUCUUCAUGGUCAAGGGAGCCGCCCUCUUUCUCCAGCAGGGCAGCAGCACGCAAGGACCAAAGACCCCGACCCACCACAAACAUGCAGGUGAUUUGCCUCAACAUCUGCAGGUCAUGUUUAAGAUUCUCCGGUCUGAAGAUCGCAUUAAGCUGGCUGUGCGGUUAGAAAGCAGCUGGACAGAUCGAGUGCGCUAUAUGGUGGUUAUCUACACCACUGGCCACCAAGAUACCGAGGAAAACGUUGUCCUGGGAAUGGACUUUACAGAUAAGGACAGUAAGAAUUGCUCUAUUGGGAUGGUGCUGCCGCUGUGGAGCGAUACCAACAUACAUUUAGAUGGAGAUGGAGGCUUCAGUGUGAGCACAGCAGGGCGGUCACAUGUCUUCAAGCCUGUGUCUGUGCAGGCCAUGUGGUCCGCCCUGCAGGUCCUCCAUAAGGCAUGCGAGGUGUCCCGCCGGUUCAACUACUUCCCAGGGGGCAUUGCUCUCACGUGGAUGGCGUUCUACGAGAGCUGCAUCACCUCCGAGCAAAGCUGCAUCAAUGAGUGGAAUGCCAUGACCGACCUGGAGAGCACCCGGUCUGAUUCUCCCACCAUGUUCGUCGACCAGCCAACUGAGCGAGAAAGAACUGAAUGUGCCAUUAAAGCCAAACUACGCAACAUCAUGAUGUUUCAAGAUUUGGAAAACAUCACCUCAAAGGAGAUCCGUAACGAGCUGGAGCAGCAUAUGAACUGUAACCUCAAAGAAUACAAGGAGUUUAUAGACAACGAGAUGCUUUUGAUCCUGGGUCAGAUGGACAAGGCUACACUUAUCUUUGACCAUGUUUAUUUGGGCUCUGAGUGGAACGCUUCCAACCUGGAAGAGCUACGUGAGUGUGGAGUGGGAUUUAUUCUGAACGUUACCAGAGAGAUCGACAACUUCUUCCCAGGCUUGUUUUCUUACCACAAUGUCCGAGUGUACGACGAGGACGCCACUGACCUGCUGGCCCACUGGAAUGACACUUACAACUUUAUCGUCAAAGCCAAGAAGAAUAAUUCCAAGUGCCUGGUGCACUGUAAGAUGGGGGUGAGCCGGUCUGCCUCUACUGUUAUUGCCUAUGCAAUGAAGGAAUAUGGCUGGUCUCUGGAGAAAGCCUACAACUUUGUCAAGCAGAAACGGAGUAUAGCUCAGCCAAACGCCGGCUUCAUGAGACAGCUGGCAGAGUAUGAGGGAAUUCUAGAUGCCAGCAAACAGCGUCACAACAAGCUAUGGAGGCCUGGAGCAGAUGAGGAGGGAUCGGAUGAUUUGCAAGCCUCGGGCCAUUGUGCCGGUGGAGGGGAAACACCGGUGCUCAGAGAAGAGGAAGCCUGGGGAGGCUGCGGGGCGUCUCCCUGUAGGGGUAUGGGUCUGGAGAUGGAACCUCUAGACUCUCUUAACUAUAAUUAUUACUUUAGACGUUUGUCAGACUCCGCACUUGACAGUGAGCCUUCCACUCCAGUUCGGGGACCCCCUCUGCUCGGUAUGGAAAGAGUUUUUAUUGAGAUUGAAGACGUAGAGAGAGAUGCCCUGCUGGAGGACGAGGGUUUCCCCAUGGCCCAUUUAGCCCUGCCUGGUGAGGGCACAGCAGCCCAGACCUGUGGACGCCUUGAUCCCCUCGAGGACAUGAGGCUGAGGCUCGAGUUCAGUACUUUGGAAGAAGAGGAUGAGGAAGAAGCCAAGAAAGAGGAAGCUGAGAUGGCAGCUUUGGCUCAAACGCCUGGAAAUUCAGAGGGGAAGAAAAUGGGGGAGGAGGAUGAGAGGAGCGAGGAAAGCCGGUUAGGCUUAGCCAACCUGAACACCAACAACAGUAACCGCCUAGCAGCCAAGCGCAGCUGUCCUGCAGCUUUUGAUGACAGUGGUAGCACAGGAAACCCUUUAAAAGUGAAGCCCUCCUAUCAGUCCUGUAAGGACUGCAUGCGUCUACCGCAAGGGCGGCGCUGUGACCGUCCAACAGGAGGCCGUUCCCACCGCCUUAACCCCUCCCGCCACUGCACUGUCCCUUCCAUAUGCAUAGAUCCGCCUGGAACGAAUUUUGCUUCCACAUCGAGUCUGCAGUCUCUUUCCAGCCCUGCAGUUGUACCACCUAACUUGAUCCAGCCCUCUACUCAACUGUACCGCUGUUCCACCUGUACCCCUGACGUCACAACUGUCCCCCUAACCAACCACCAGAAACUGGCCUCACCCAUGAACUGUGAGGAGGCACCUCCUGACCGCAGCUCAGUGGAGACGGAGGACAUGGAUGAACCGCAGGGUGAACAAGUGUUAAGGGAGUGUACUGACGCCAUCAGUGACGCUGAAGAUUUAAAAUUACAACCUGAUGGAGCAGUAGAGCUCCCGCAGCUGCAAAUGCCAGGACUGGGGAUAGAAUUUGGUCUGGAACUGAUGCGACAGAGGGCAGAGCAGCUUGAGAAGCUGCCAAGCAUGGCCAUGGAGGCCAGCUCUCAGUAGGACACCUGCCUUAACACGGUGGCUCAAGCAAAGAUGAGAUGGGGGGGGAUGAGAAGUGGCUUGCCACUGUCUCAGUCUCUUUAAUGGCUUUGAGAAGUUAAAAAAAAACACUGCUGUGGUACCAGAAAUGAAGCACUGCGCUGAUCUCCACUCUAAUGUCUCAGCUCCAUUUAAACAAGCUGCAGAAGCUCUCUGCAUUGACAGAGAGUGCUCCGUCGUAGACUUCCAGCAUUGAGAUCCAGAUGAGGCCGAUUGCUUUCACUAUGUACUUAAGGCCUGGAUGCUUCAGAUCAAGCCGGGAUGGAAGACUUUCCCAUGUGUUCGAGGCCACCGUGGGCUAUUUGAACUGCCUUUCUCACCACACGUGCAGGAUCAUCCCCUUUUCCCACUCCCCAGCCGAGACGAGCAUUACGCCGCCAUGUUGCCAUCGGCAGACAGGUUUCAAUGCAGCAGUGGCAGUUUGUAACAUCUAGUUGUAGUUCCUUUAUGACUCCUCAGAGUGCUUUAUUUAAAUGUCGAUGAAAAGAAAAAUACAGAAGUAGCACGCUUCUGUCAGUGUACUCUGUUUCCAGUAUUCAUGGAGGAGCUCAAUAAGUAAUUAUAGCUGAGCCACUGUUUCCUCACAUUACCACAGAUAACUGAACCAUCACUGAGCUUAACUUAUAUUUUACCUGCUGCAGCUGCUUUUGCAUCAUGAGAGAACAUUUCAUGUGAAAGCAUACUAGUUUAUAUUAAAGAAAAAAGUGGAUGUGACCAUAGCCUUUUUAAUGCCUCUUUGUGAAGCACCGUACCUCGGGCCAGGAGCGUCUCAGACUGUUUUUGGUCAAAGACUGUUUUGUUCUUUCUGCUCAGCGGCUACUUCAACCUGACCUCCUCCAAUAAAGUUAAUCUAAUCAUGUACUGAAAGCGCUUAGUUUAGCCCACGCAUGACUUUGCAGUAUUACAUAACAUAUCUCCAACACAUUUACACACAAAUGUAUCGAACAACAAACUUCUACUUGAGUUUUUUAGCAUUUGAUUUUCUAAUAAUUGGUUACAUUGUAAGUAACAACAAAAAAAGGUGCAUUCAUUUUUCAAGUGGAUGUUGAAUUGAUUCAGCCUAACCUGAUCAAUCAUCUUAUGCAUAAGAGAACGACAGAAGACAAGAAGAUUGAAAGGCAUUUAGACCCCGAGCAACAACCAGAUCAUUUCUCAUGUAACCAAAGCUAUAACAUGCACGGACACUUGGAUUGCAUCCACAGAUAUUUUUUAAUUCAUGCAAAUCACAUAUACAGUAGAUUAUGCACUUGAGCACAACUCUAGUAUCCAUUCACACAUGCACAGUCAUAUUUCUGAUCUAUUUCAGUACAUUUAACCCUAAAUAAUUUGAGCAAACUAAAGCAGACCAGGAAAUCAAAAAUAUUUAUUUUUUAAUGUCUUGAAAGUUUAAGGGAUUAGUUGCAUUUGUUCGCCGUGUCAAGUGGAGCCCAUCCCUGUGUAAUGUAUAGCUUAUUUGCUCUAAUAAUAACGUUCGAUCCAAGUGUCAACUGGUUAUGCUGUAAAAUUUGUUCGUAAUAUACUGUGAAAUGGAAAAAAAUAACUCCAGUCACUCUUAUGUGAAAAAAUCAGACGAUAUUUAUAACUUAUUGUGCUGGAUUUCCUUUAUUUUAAAUGCAGAGAAGGUAAUCUAUGAUAUCAAGAUGAUUGCAAAGCUUACCACAUGCAGGUUUUCACACAUGUGCACCAGGCAGUUAUUUCAGAGCUUUUUCUCAUUUCUUAUUGAUACUUUUCUUCUUUCUUUCUUUCUUUUUUGUUGUUUUUUUUACAGUGUCGCAUAGCCUAAGGCUUCUUCUGGUUGUUGUUUUUUUUUUUUUAAAGCUGUUUCCUAAGUGGUGUGCCACAAAUCCAAAGUUGCUGUGCCACAAGGUUUGUCUGUAAAAUUCUCUGUUUGGUUGCUCUUGUGUCGAUUCCCUUACUGGCGCGCUGGGUGUGCUGCUAAAGGAUGCCUGUUUGUCUGCAGAGAAAGCGCGUGCACGAUGCAUUACUGUGUUUAGCACUUAAGAGAAAUGAAAACUGUGCAAAGAAUGAAUGCAAAUCAUUUGGGUAUCUUCAACUGUGCAUUUAUUCUUUAUUUUUGUGGAAAUUUGGUUUGUUUUUAAUUCGAUAAGUAUGAACAACAGUGCAACCUCUGUUCCUUUUUCUCCCCGGACUAACUGAAUCAGAGGGAGCUGCAGGUUUGCUCCACUAAUUAGAUUAAAAUAUUUUGGUGCUCAAUUUAAGCUGGUCUUAUCCUUCACAUGGCCAUUUGAGCGUUAUGUAACAUAAGAUGACUGAAAGAGCUUGCAACUGAACAACUUUAAACUGAAAAAAGUUUGAAUUCAGAAAUUGUAAAAAGUGAUGAACUUGCAAAAGUUUGUAAAAGACAGAUUAAGGAAAUAUUACAUGGAGCUGAAAAACUGGUAUGCUUUAAUGUAAGUAUGAAGCUAUAGCCAUUGUCGAGUUAACUUAGCUUAGUGUGAUGACUGGAAGCAGAAAUGGGUCUCUGUGUAAUCCACCAGUUUAUAAAUUCACUACUUGACAUAUUAUCUCACUUAAAAAAACAAAAAACAAAUGUAAAAAAUCUUUUUUUGUUUGUUUGUUUUUAGUUCUCAUGCUAAGCUAACUAGCUUCUAACUAUACCAAUCAAAUGCCAAGGUGGUGUUGAUUUUGUCUUCAAACCGGUGGAAGUAAGCAUACUUUAUCAAAUUUAAAUUCUUUAAUGUAUUAAAGGUGGGAUUCCACGUUAAGCCAGUUUUUAGCAUUUUAAAGCUCUUGGCACAUGGACCUGAUUAAAGCUGACAAAAUUCCUGCAUCCCUGGAUCACAGCACUAUGUUUGGCUGGUUUUGUCCCUUUUUUUCUAUUUAAGUGCCUUAACCUCAGCCUUAGCUCUAACAUUAAGCAUCACAGGCUUUGCAAAUUUUCUGUGAGUGUGUUGAUGGUCCGGCUUUUUGUACAUUACUUAACCUCACUCCCAAUAAUAACCAUUACCCUUCGCAAUGUAUAACUUAGCACAUAUUAUAAUGUAUGCAAACACACUCGAGCUCAUUUACAGCAGCAUCUUCUCCCUCAACACACUUGGUGGACUUCCAUUUAUUAAUAGCCUCCAAUAAUGAUGUAUUUGUUUGAUAUUGUUAAGACUCGUGGUACAUUGUAUUGGUUCAAUAGCUGAAGAACCUUAUUUGCUGGAAUGAGAACUAUCAUUUACAUUAAACUGUUAGAUAGGAUGAAUUUAUCUUUGAAAUUUACCAGUCUGUACAUAUUUUUCUCUACAAUUUGCUAUUUGAGUAUAUUAGCUUGCAGACAUGGUCAAUAUUUAAGAAAAAAGUAUUGAAAAUGCUACUGUGUAUUGAUAAGUACUCAUAAUUAAGUUCUCGUGUUUGUACCACGCAAAAGAUUUUAUAUAAUCUCUAAUUUAGGCAGUUUUCAGGCUCUAUGGAAAAUGGCUGUGUUUGUUUUAUUGCAUUAGUCCCAGGCACCAGGCCUCAAAAUGACAAUCCCACUGAAGAGCCAAGCACUGAGGACAUUAAAAACACGUUGUAAUGUAGGGAGGGGGGGUCCAGGUAUUUGAGUGUAUUUAUAGAGCACAAGUCAGCCCCAAAGCACGUGAGCUUGAGUGGAAGAUGUAAAUAAGUAAAAACCUCCCUGAGAGUAAGAUUUUGUUACGUUUGAUGCUUUUUGUUAACUUUUGUGUACUGUACAUUGCCAAUGUUCAUGUGUAUGCACUUUUUUUACAUUUUGUUAAUAUGUUGUCCAGUCUAAUGUUUAUCAUGGAA